GAGGAACCAACUUUUGUCUUGUGCAUCUUGUGCAUCAAGUUUUUCUUCACAGUGCAGUUUAUCUCAAGACGUGACAGCUGGUGUUCAGGAAACCUUCAAUGGAGAACAACAGCAGUGUGAGUGGUGGUGAUCAUUUGGUUUAUCUUUGUGACUGGCCAAACUUCGAGACGGUCAUCGGCGCCAUCUUCAUUUUGAUCUUCAUCCUCAGUGUCAUCGGAAACAGCCUCAUUCUAUGUAUCCUCACCUGCUACGAGAACCUCAACGAUGUCACCAAUCUGUUUUUCCUCAACUUGGCUUGCUCCGAUUUGGUCUUCACCAUCACUCUUCCGUUCUACACCGUCUACUCGCUGCACCACUGGGUGUUUGGUGACGUUGCCUGUAAGUUCCUGACAUCAGCCUAUUUUGUUGGUAUUUACAGCAGUGUCAUCCUCCUUACAGCCAUGACGGUGGAUCGUUUCAUAACAGUGGUGCUAAACUGGCCACGCAACCCUGUAAAAAGGCGAAGGUAUGCAAUCGGUGCAUGUGCAGGUGCAUGGGUCAUCAGCAUCGCAUCUUCUUUGAGGGAUGCCAUGGCUGUGAAGGUGGAGGCCUUUGAUGAGAAUACUUUUUCCUGUGAAGCUUCCUCAGAAACCAGUGAGAAUAACCUUGACUAUUACCUUCAAACAUCACUGCUCUUCUUCCUCCCAUUUGCCAUCAUUAUUUUCUGCUACUCCGCCAUCCUCAAGACAGUUCUAACAACUGCAAACAGACAAAGACGCAGAACUGUAGUGGUGGUCUUGUGCAUUGUUGCCGCCUUCUUCAUCUGCUGGGGUCCUUACAACACUUUCAUUUUGAUUUCAACUCUGUACAAACCUGUCGGUUGCUAUGAAGAGGAGCGCUUUUACAUAGCCUAUUCUGUCUGCCGUGUACUUGCGUAUUCUCACUGCUGCAUGAACGCUCUGCUCUAUAUGCUUUCACAAAAGAUGCGAAGACAUCUGUUGAGUCUUUUACACUGUGAGAACACCAGGAGGAGUAUCAGAGAUAGAGGCACUGGCCAGAGUUCAUCUGUUAUUCAAAAUGCUGCGAUUACUGCACAAAACUCAGCUGAUAUAUUAGAGUUAAAAUCCAACUAGACAUUUACUUGGUCAGUUUGUGAAUACUCUUUUGAAUGUCUCAACAGCCUUCCCUUUUCUUGGUAUUUAUAAAUGUAUUUAUCGUGGGCAUUUUGGAUUUAGCGGCAGAUAAUUGAGACAAAUACUAGCAUUUAAGAAUAGCCCAUUUCAUUUUUUUAUGAAGUAAUUUCACUGAUGUUUUGCUAUUUUUCUUUAAAGUAGCAGUCAUGUUUUUUGUGUAACUUAAAACAUAUACAUAAAUGAAGCUUAUGUCAAAAACUGUAGGUUUGCACAUUUUACUCAACGAUGUCUUUUUAUUCCAUGUUUUAUGAACUGCUAUCGCUGUGCUGUUUUUGGAUUAUAUGAUGUAUAAAUGUUAUUUGGGUCUGGUCAAGUGCUCUCACUUCUCUUUUCAACCAUUUUUAGUUUGGUUUUUCUUUUGGAUUUUUUUGUAAGAUUUUCCAGGCUGGACUGUAAAUUUUGCUAUGUAAGUACAUUUACUUGAACAAGCUUCAGACUUUCACUUUGGAAGAAAAGAAAAGAAAAGAAAAGAAAAGAA